CGGAAUGGUCUGCAGCGCUCCUUAAACUACAGUUCCCACAAUGCACCUGUGGUAAACUGGCAGACCUACGCACGCCUCCUCCGGACCAAUCAGCGGACGGGACGCUGCGUGCGUCACGCGCGCUGACUCCGUAUUUUUCCUGAGUGGGACGGCGGCUGGCGGCGCCAUAUUGAAAGAGGACGUUUGUUUCGUGUAUCGUUGAAAACCUCGAAGAUUGCAGGAUGUUGUACCUCGAGGAUUACCUGGAAAUGAUCGAGCAGCUACCCAUGGACCUCCGCGACAGGUUUACGGAAAUGCGGGAGAUGGACCUGCAGGUUCAGAACGCCACGGACCAGCUGGAGCAGAAGGUGGUGGAGUUCUUUGCCAACGCCAAGAAGAACAAACCUGAGUGGAGAGAGGAGCAGAUGGAGGUCAUCAAAAAGGAUUAUUACAAAGCCCUGGAGGACGCCGACGAGAAGGUCCAGCUGGCCAAUCAGAUCUAUGACCUGGUGGACCGCCACCUGCGCAAACUGGACCAGGAACUGGCCAAGUUCAAGAUGGAGCUGGAGGCCGACAACGCCGGCAUCACGGAGAUCCUGGAGAGAAGGUCCUUGGAGAUGGACAGCCCGUCCCAGCCGGUCAACAACCACCACGUGCACUCGCACGCCCCCGCUGAGAAGAGGAAGUACAGCGCCCCGGCCCACCACACCACCGAACACGUUCCUGAGAAGAAGUUCAAGUCUGAGGUUCUGCUGUCCACGCUCACGUCCGACGCCUCCAAGGAGAACACGCCAGGCUGCCGCACCAACAGCACGUCCUCGUCCACCAACAGCUACAGCACCAACCCUAACCCCCAGCCGCUGGCCUCCUACAACCUGAGCGCCCUGCCCGCCGGGCCGGGGGCCGGAGCCGGGGCUAUCACCAUGGCAGCAGCCCAGGCCGUGCAGGCCACCGCCCAGAUGAAGGAGGGCCGGCGGACGUCCAGCCUGAAGGCCAGCUACGAGGCCAUCAAGAACAACGACUUCCAGCUGGGGCGCGAGUUCUCCUCCCUGUCCCGGGAGGGCGCCGCCUACUCCUCCUCCGCCCUGGCCUCCACGCUCACGCAGACGCUGGCGCCCGCCGCCGGCUCCGACUCCCGGGGCCGCAAGUCCAAGAGCAGCAUCAAGGCCUCCAACCACCAGUCCUCCUCCUCCUCCUCCUCCUCCUCGCUGUCCUCCUGCUCCUCCUCCUCGGCCCUGGCCCAGGAGCUGUCCCAGCAGGCCUCCGCUCUGCCCGAGGCCGAGGCCAGCAGCCAGGUGGACUGGACCUACGACCCCAACGAGCCGCGCUACUGCAUCUGCAACCAGGUGUCCUACGGAGAGAUGGUGGGCUGUGACAACACGGAUUGCCCCAUCGAGUGGUUCCACUACGGCUGCGUGGGGCUGACCGAGGCGCCCAAGGGAAAGUGGUUCUGCCCCCAGUGCACGGCCGCCAUGAAGAGGAGGGGCAGCCGCCACAAAUAGGAGCCUGGAGCCAGCCGGGGCCAGUGGCCAGGGGGGCGGG